AUGGCUUCGACAUCUACAGGCCUCAAUAUACAUCAAUUGUCCGAAAAAGAAGUGAAAAAGGCCGCUGUUGCAUCCAAUCCCUCAGAAGAUGCAGAUGUCGAGAUUGGCAAGAAAGAUGUCGUCCCAGUUGAGUUCGGUGAAGUUAAAGACCUCCGUCGAGGUCUUCACCAGCGACACAUUCAGAUGAUCAGUUUAGCGGGUACAAUUGGAACCGGUCUAUUCCUGUCAUCUGGAAGUGCACUUGCGCAUGGUGGACCUGCAGGAGCAUUCAUAGGGUAUACCAUAAUGGGGGUUCUAGUAUCCGGGGUUAUUAUUUCAAUUGCAGAACUAAGUGCUUUGGUUCCUCUGAGCGGAGGUGCCAUCCGACAUGCGGAAUACUUUGUGGACCCAGCUCUAUCCUUUGCCUAUGGCUGGAAUUACGUUUAUUCUUGUCUUGUUUCCGUGCCGGCUGAGAUAGUAGCCGCUGCUGUGAUUGUUGAAUUUUGGAUCUCUCUCAACAACGCUAUCUGGAUCUCCGUGUUCGGUGUCAUAUUAUUCGCAAGCAACAUCUUCUUCGUUCGCAUAUAUGGAGAGCUGGAAUUUUUCUUUGCGACUUUGAAGAUCAUGCUUGUCGUUGGGAUGAAUAUCAUGGCAUUGAUAAUUACUUGCGGUGGAGGCCCGGACCACGUUCGAUAUGGCUUCAAGUUUUGGCAUGACCCAGGGCCGUUUGUGCAAUACCUGAACUAUCCAGGAUCUUUGGGCCGCUUCAUGGGGUUCUGGUAUGUCUUUUCCAAUGCGGCAUAUGCGUACUCCGGUAUAGAGAAUAUUUCCAUCGCCGCCUCGGAAACGAAAGCUCCACGAAGGAAUAUUCCCAAGGCAGCAAAGAGAAUAUUCUGGAGAGUUGUACUUUUUUAUGUCAUUUCCAUCUUUAUGGUUACACUUCUCGUGCCAUCCAGUGAUCCUGCUUUGCUGAGCUCGACUGGUACUGCCUCCGAGUCGCCAUUUGUCAUUGCAGCCAAAAAUGCCAAAAUUAGCGCCGUUCCAUCCAUCAUCAACUUUGUAGUUCUUACCAGUGCGUGGAGCUCUGGGAACUCGACCAUGUUGAGUGGAUCACGGGUAAUGUUCGCUAUCGCUCAUGAAGGCCAUGCACCAAAAUUCCUUACAAGAACCAGCCGAUGGGGAAUUCCUUAUAUCGCCAUCACCAUUAUGGGAAUCUUCAUCGCACUAGGCUACAUGACUUUGAACACAUCAGCAUCGACGGUGUUUACAUGGCUGCAAGAUCUGAUUUCAGCCUCUACUAUGGUGGGAUGGAUUAUUAUCUCCAUCGUCUAUCUUCGAAUGUACUACGCGAUGAAAAAGCAGGGAAUCUCAAGAGACGAGCUCCCAUGGAAGGGGCCAUUCCAACCUUUUGCGGCAUGGAUGAGUCUCAUUUCGUUUACGAUUAUCUUGCUGACCAGUGGGUACAGGGUCUUUCUUCACGGACAUUGGGAUACAGAAACUUUUAUCAGCUGCUAUCUCGACAUCGGUAUUAUCUUUGCUCUAUAUUUCGGAUACAAGUUUGCCAAGAAGACCAACAUUAUCCCUCUCUCUGAGAUACCCGUGCGAAGGUUCAUUGAUAUUGCGAAACAACAUCCAGAUCCACCAGAGAGCCCUAAGAAGGGAUGGCAGAAGCUGAAUUUGCUAUGGAGUUAG